AUGGCUAGUUCAUCUAGUUUCUCAUCUACUAGUCCUUCAGCAUCUAUUGCCACAGCAUCAACAGAUCUCCAAGAAACGGACGCAUUUAGCGAUGACAGUGGUGUUGAUGUCAAAUUGCAGUUGAAAAAGCCUCAUCCGAGGUUUUCUAAGUUCAUCCAAGAAUCGGAUUCGGCAGCAGAAUCCAACAAACGCAACAAACGAAAAUCGUCAGAACCUAAGAAAAGAAAAGAUGUCCUCCAAAUGAAAAGAUUCAGGUGGGACACUGAUGAAGAAGACAACGAUGCUGAUCACAGGGAAGAGGAAGAUGUGGUCGAUGAUGUAUUCGACGUCAUUGAAAGGGAAAGGCCAAGCAGUGGAGACAGUGGCUACCAGAUGGAACCGUCUUCAACGAUGGUAAUUAAUCAUGAUCCAGAGAAGAAGAAACGGCAAAAGCAAUGGAGGAAGCCCAAAGUUGAGAAAUAUGAUCCAACUAUUAAACAAGAAGAAAUAAUUCCAACCUUUAGACAGUCUGUGAUACGGAAACAUGAAGCAAGUGCAACUUGUACUAGUUCUGGUGCUUCUUCCAUCCUAAGUUACUCAUCAACGAAAGACUUGUCUUCCGUCUCGCUGCUGCAGAGCACAAGCAGUAGUUCACUUGCCACUACUUUGGCUGGUCAAAGCAUACCGUCAAUAGUCAAAACCAUUUCACCUCAAGAGUACGACCCUUCUGCGGAUUCUCAAGAUGACAGCAAUCUGCCCUCUUGUUCCAGGACUAGUCGAACCGUUGGAAGGCCGAGGAACUACAAGAGCAUGUCUCGGCAAAGGAGAAUUGAAGCCAAUGCCAGAGAAAGAACAAGGGUCCAUACAAUUAGCGCUGCUUUUGAAAACCUCAGAAGAGCUGUUCCUGCUUAUGCUCACAACCAGAAACUCUCUAAACUUGCCAUUUUGAGGAUUGCUAGCGCUUACAUAGUUGCUUUGGCAUGCCUCAACAAGCAGGAUUACAGUCAAGAACAAAGCAGACCAGCUUUGGCAGAGUGUGUUGAACAAUGCACAAGGACUAUACAAGCUGAAGGGAGGUCCAGACGUAGAACAUCGAAGGAUUAAUACAACGAGCACAUGAUCCAUUGCCAGUUAAUACGUCGUGCUUCCAGAUGUGCCAAGAUUUUAGCUUUUCAUUCUGCUAGCAGCAAUAAGCCAACCUGUCAUGCCAAAAACUCAUGCCAUCUUGAACGAACAAAUGUAUUUUCCUGUGAAAUUUUUUAGUAGUUAUAGAGUGUAUGUCUCGUGAAUCGAAGUUUAUGAACAUCGAAUUUAUUACGUUUUAUUGAACCAAGAUUCUUAGUAUAACAGGGCAUCCAUUCGGACCGUCCGAGUAAGGUAACUUAAUAGAUAAAUUUUUUUAAAAAGAUAUAUGUUUAGGAGAAGAUUAUAUAACAGUAAAUGAGUGGCAAAACUUGCCAAAUGAAGACUUCCUUAAUUUUACUAGAAACUACCAUUAACUAUAAGUAAUAUUGCGAUUUAAAUACAAAGUUAGACAUUGCUUCUUGUAAAAAAUAAUUUAGAAUCAAUGCUUUUUGA